AUGAGAUUGAUAGGACACGUUCAGCGUGGAGCCCCUUUGAGCGAGAGUCUGGCUCACCAAUCUGGUCCGGUUCCUACGUUUUCUGGAAUGGCCGUUAACCCAACCGGUGGCCAAACGGGACCACUGGGAGGUGGUAAUCUCUUGGGUGGAACUCCUACAGGGUCGCGGGUCACUUCUUCCGCAAGCUCCAUUCAACACACUGGAACGGGUGUUGCAUCCGGUGGAAUUGUUCCUCCCAUUUCUACACAAGCUUUGACCAAUUUUUCACAGAUGUUCGACCGUGCUUCGGGUGGUAAUGGUUCGGUUUUGACUGGCGAUAAAGCAAAGGAUAUCUUCUUGAAAGCGAAACUACCUAAUGUGGUGUUGGGUCAAAUUUGGCAACUGGUAGACAGAGAUCAGAGAGGCGAAUUGAGCAAACCUGAGUUUAUUGUCGCGAUGCACUUGAUCCAAUGCUUUCUGGGUAAAACCCUGCAGACGGUACCCCAAGUGUUGGCUGCAGACAUAUGGAGAACAGCCGAAUCGAGUGUUCCAAAAGUGGCUUCGCCUUUGGCAUCGCCUCCAGUGGUUGCGCCUAAACAGGCUCCCGUUUAUCCCCAACAGACUUCUAACUGGCAAAUGAGCCCAGCAGAGAGAAAGCAAUUCGACCAAUUGUUCGACCAACUUGACACUGCCAAGCAAGGAAAACUCAGCUCAAACCAGGUUGCCCAAUUUUUAAUGGGAUCCGGUCUGCCAAAUGAAGUUUUGGCUAAUAUUUGGGAACUGGCAAACAUCAAUGACUCUGAGAGCUUUGGUAAGCAGGAGUUUGCGAUUGCUCUCUUCUUGGUAGGCAAGAAGAGAUCUGGUGUUGAUCUUCCUGUAUCUGUCCCUGUUCAGCUGAUCCAAUCUGUUGGGACUGACUCUUUUGCUGCCCCUCCAAAGGACGCUCCAGCUCCAAUCGGCCAGGCGCCAUCCCAGUUUCCUCCUGCUCCGCAAGUCCAAGCUGCUCCCAAGAAAGAGAACGAUUUUGAGCUGUUGAACGAUCUUUUCACCGGAGCAUCGAUCUCCAGUGCAGCUUCUCCUCAGAGAACCGCCAGCAGCCACGUUACUCCUCAAUUGACUUCUUCUGUCACUGGGAGCAGAGCUCCUUUUGUGCCAUCUUCGAACUUUGGUCAGCAGAUGGUGAGCAAAGAGCAACAGAAGCAAACGCCAGUACUCCCAGCGCCAACUUUACUGGAGGAGUCUGAUGAUUCAGAGGAAGAACCGGCUUCGAGAGUCCCUCCAACCAUACCAGGUCGUGAUCAGAAACCCCGUUUUGACAGUCCCCAAACCACCGGAGGUCCUAACUAUGAUGCUUUGAGAUCUUUCAGCCAACAAUCUACUGGAACUGUCAAGAUAUCCAGUGCUCCAACAGCGCCUAUAUCUAGACAGCCCACUUUCCCAUCAACCCCAGCCGCCCCUGUUUCCAACGAGGCUGACAGAGAGAUUUCCAGCAAGCUGACUCAGGCUUCGGUAGACAUUGCUAACUUCUCUAAUCAGAUCAACUCAUUGACCAACCAGACCACUCAAGCCAACGAAAAGCGUGAGAAGGCCAAUCGUGAGCUCCAGAGAAUUAUGUUAGUCAAGCAGGAUAUCCAGUCCAAGCUGACUAAGUUGAGGGCAUUGUAUGAUCGCGAAGUCCAGCAGAUCGCCGAGGUUGAAUCUGUAUUGAUUCAGUCCAGACAGGAUACUGAGAAACUCAGGCAGGAAUCUUCUGUUGCUGAGGCCAGUUACCAUGCCGAGCAAGCUAAGCUUCAGAAGAUGCAGGUUGAAUUCGAGGAAAUUCAGAAAGAAAACCAGACCAUGAAAGAGAGACUUGGUGUUUUGAGUGCGGAGAAAGUCGAAUCUUCUUCUCAGCUUGAAAAACUUACGGCUCAGUUGAAGCAGGCACAAAGUUUCCUCUCCGUCUCUCAGCAACAAGUUGCGACCUCUCAACAGGAAAAAGAUGCCAUCACGAGCAAGAUAAAUGAUGUCUAUAAGGCCAUAAGUGAGGUUGAGGCUAAGAACGCUGCUUUGCUAGCUAAACGGGAGCAAAUUCAGAACGAAACAGAUGAGUUGCAUUCCAAACACGGAGACUUAAGCGUGGAAUACAGCAACAAAUCAUUGGAGUAUAGUAGCAAUGCUGUUUCCGGAACCAACCAUUCUUCGGCAACCAGGGGUAUUGGUUCAGUUACAUCUUCAGCAGGCGUAGGCGCUGCUGUGGGCGCUGGUAUUGCUGCUGUGGGAGCUGCUGUUGGUGGGGUUUUGGGCCACAAAGCGGAGCAACCAACCGAUUAUUUCAAUUCGAAGUCGAUUGAUCCAGAAACCGAAGAACCCACUGCCGAACUGGAGUCAGAUGAUGGUUUCCCAAUAGCUGAGAAUUCUUAUCCGACAAAGCAACAGAUUGACGAAAGUGUCCCAAGCGUGAGUGUUGGAUCUCCAUCGAUGACUGUUGGUGCUUCUACCGAUGGCAACGAUGAUACCCCCAACAGUUCUCCAACAAGUUCUGAGGAUUUCGAGCUCAGCCAUCCCAACCCAAGUGCCAGCUCUCAAAGAUUCAACUUGCCGUUUGCAAGACCCGAGUCUGCUACUUCGAGUGUCCAGAACAACGCUCCGUUGUCUGUGAGGGGUGACUUGGAUGUUUCGAUGCCUACCUCUCCUUCUAGUACUAUUGAGGAGGAGACCGCAUCUCCAUCCGAUGUCUUGGCAUCAUCUGCUCACACAGUUGAAGCCUAUCCAGAACAAGAGUCUGAACAAGCACAGCCUGUGGUUUCAUCUGGUGGUGAGUCAUUUGAAAUGGUCAAUGCAGAUGAUGCUCAUGAAUCCAGAGCUGCUAACCAUGAUGGCUCGCCUUCAACCACUGAAGAAGAAGAAGAUGUCAAUGCUGACACCACACCAGAUGUUGAUUCAAUCACGAAGACAGCCGAAGAUGAUUUCCCAGAGAUACAGCCUACUGAAGCGAUUUCUGCAGUGAUGCCAGGCAGCCUACCUGGUGAAUUUAUUACGGAGCCAUCAUUGGCGAUAUCCAAAAGCGUUGCGGAACAGAGCAUUCCUCAAGUCUCUCGUGCUGAGGAGUUUCCACCUUUUGAAGAAAAGGAAGUGGACGAAUCCGACUCUUCUGACUCUGAUACUUCAGACGAUGAGUUCCACGACACUGUUAUGCCAGAGUCUCCAGAAAAACAACCAACUGGUACUACUGAAGCUAUCCCAGAAGUUGCAGCCACUCCUGUUGGGUUCAAUCCUUUCAGCUCAACUCCAACCCAACCAUCUCAGCCAGACAACUUUGACCAGGCAUUUGAAGGAUUGGAAACCGCACCUGUUGGAAACGAUGAUUUUGACGAUUUCGAUAACCUGCAAGAGGCUGCUGCUGAGAAUUCUUACGAGAACAGAGAGUUUGAUGAGCAUGCCCAAUUUGAUCCGCAGAACUUUUUUGCUCAACAGCCUCAGCAAACCUCUGGAUUUGAUUUAGAUGCUCAGCAACAGGCGAGUGAAGCAUCUGCCGCCCAAGUCAAUGAUGAAUGGGAACAGAUAUUUGCUGGUUUUGGAAACGCCCCUGCGGGUGCACCGGCAGACCCACCCGCGUACCAGCAUGCUUCGUCUGAAAGAUCUACUGAAACGGCUCCCGUGUUUGGAGCUGGUGUUACCAAUACUUCAACUCAUGCACCAUCUUCGCAGGCUCACGAGCUGGCGAUUGAGGAGUUGGUAGCCAUGGGAUUCGGCAGAGAGGUGUCUACUGAUGCCUUGCAGAAAAAUGAUUGGUCUAUAGAAAGCGCGUCCAACUAUCUCAUAGACAACGCGUGA